GAUCCCCUUUUCCCAGUUAUACCUCCACUUUUCUGGGACAGGUGGGGAGCAAAAGGGUGCAGAAGUCAGAUCUUGAAAUCACCUGGGGAUUUCCGGGUGAGGCGGGUGGUGAGAAAGGAAACAGCAAGCAGGGCUCUGGCAGCUGCUGCAGAUAGCUUCACACAGAGACCCGGGCUGCCAUCUUGCUCUAAGUGAAAGUGAAAGAAAAGUCGGCAGCAGAGGGAACAGAGAAGAACCCAAAGGCCGCGGGCUGGCCAGGUGUGCUUGGAGAGCCCCCUUCUCCCGCCGGGCCUCGCAAGCAGCGUAGGACUGUGGAGAAGGGCGGUGGGCAAGGAGGGGACUCGAGAGCAGCCUCCAAUGGGCACACAGGAGGGCUGGUGCCUGCUGCUCUGCCUGGCUCUAUCUGGAGCAGGAGAAACCAAGCCCCACCCAGCAGAGAGGCAGUGGCGGGCAGUGGACGUGGUCCUAGACUGCUUCCUGGCAAAGGACAGUGGGCACCAUGGAGCUCUCGCCAGCAGUGAGGACAGGGCAAGGGCCUCCCUCGUGCUGAAGCAGGUGCCAGUGCUGGACGAUGGCUCCCUGGAGGACUUCACCGAUUUCCAAGGGGGCACGCUGGCCCAGGAUGACCCACCUAUUAUCUUCGAGGCCUCAGUGGACCUGGUCCAGAUUCCCCAGGCCGAGGCCUUGCUCCAUGCUGACUGCAGUGGGAAGGAGGUGACCUGUGAGAUCUCCCACUACCUUCUCCAGAUGAGAGAGACCACUGUUGAGACAGCAGCUUGGUUCAUGGCCAACGUGCAGGUCUCUGGAGGGGGACCUAGCAUCUCCAUGGUGAUGAAGACUCCCAGGGAUGCCAAGAAUGAGGCUCUCUGGCACCCGACGCUGAACUUGCCCCUGAGCCCCCAGGGGACUGUGCGAACUGCAGUGGAGUUCCAGGUGAUGACACAGACCCAAUCCCUGAGCUUCCUGCUGGGGUCCUCAGCCUCCUUGGACUGUGGCUUCUCCAUGGCACCGGGCUUGGACCUCAUCAGUGUGGAGUGGCGACUGCAGCACAAGGGCAGGGGUCAGCUGGUGUACAGCUGGACCGCAGGGCAGGGGCAGGCUGUGCGGAAGGGCGCUACCCUGGAGCCUGAGCAGCUGGGCAUGGCCAGGGAUGCCUCCCUCACCCUGCCCAGCCUCACUAUACAGGACGAGGGGACCUACAUUUGCCAGAUCACCACCUCUCUGUACCGAGCUCAGCAGAUCAUCCAGCUCAACAUCCAAGCUUCCCCUAAAGUACGACUGAACUUGGCAAACGAAGCUCUGCUGCCCACCCUCAUCUGCGACAUUGUUGGCUAUUAUCCUCUGGAUGUGGUGGUGACGUGGACCCGAGAGGAGCUGAGUGGAUCCCCAGCCCAAGUCUCUGGUGCCUCCUUCUCCAGCCUCAGGCAAAGCGUGGCAGGCACCUACAGCAUCUCUUCCUCUCUCGUCGCAGAACCUGGCUCUGCAGGUGCCACUUACACCUGCCAGGUCACGCACAUGUCUCUGGAGGAGCCCCUUAGGGCCAGCACCCAGGUUGUCCCACCAGAGCGGAGAACAGCCUUGGGAGUCAUCUUUGCCAGCAGCCUCUUCCUUCUUGCACUGUUGUUCCUGAGGCUUCAGAAACGGCAAGCUACCUCACUAAGGUCUGUCACUCUCCUGCCUCAGAGUAGAAAGAAAGAUUAGUCACGUGCUCCCAGGAGGACUGUAAGUCAAGUUGCAGAGCUAAAAAUGCAUGAAGGUGGCACCAGCUCACGGGGCACUGGGCCUGGCUCUGCAGAGGCCUCUGCCUUCCUUCACUGUGCAUCCUGGGCUCAUGCACCAAGGCAGAGAACAGGAAGAAGUGAGGGGACAAGAAGAAGGAAGAAUGUCCAGAUGGAGGUUAAGACCAAAGAGCCAGGUUGGUGGUGUGGUGGUAGGAAAAUAAAGCUGGAAGAAAUGGAGAAGGAACAAGUGAGGGACAAUGAGGCACGGGUUGGGGCUGGGCUACCCCUCCCAAACUCAGCUCUGUCAAAAUAAAAGCCUCUUGUGUCUGCUGUGAUCAAGUUUUUCCACUUUCCUGUCUUUCUCCACACUGGUCCCAAAUGAGCCCUGUCCCCAAGCCUAGCGGCUACAACUUGCAAAGUGUUUAAGGUAUGAAACAAAGGCCCUCAGAGGCACCCCCGGGGCUCCAUCUCAGUUGCAUCUCAGCUGCGAUUAGGGUUCUGCUCCCUCAGAUAACUGCUGGGAGUUUCAGGAUACCUGCAAAUGCCUCACUCCCUCAGCUGCAAGGGAGAGACUUCUCCUUUUAUUCAUUUCUAAAAUGUGCCUGCUCAAUACGGUGGAACUCAGCAUACCAAAACUGUACGUGAGGAUGAUGGGGAAAAGGGGGUAAGGGGGUGUUCACUGACAGCCUUAUCUGGGCACAUCCCCUGGGACAGGACAAGCAGGCCAAGGACCUAGGAAGGAGCACAGGAGGCAGAUGGAAGAGGCCUGAGGGAACCUGUGCUUGUUUGCCCGUGUGAGAUGCCCACGCAACUUCCUGUCUUCACUUCCUCUCACUAGCACCUACAAGAGUUGGGCUGCUUUCAAGCUGAACGCCGGGAGACCACUUCCUGUGCUGACACACAGAACUCCCAUCUCCAUGAAGACCGCACAGCACGUGUAAGCCAGCCCAGCUGACCUAAAGCGACAGGAGACUACUAGAAAGAAACGACACCCUUCCCCCCAAGCCCCCCAGCUACUCCAACCCAAACAACAACCAAGCCAGUUUAGUGGUAGGAAUUUGUAUUUUUUGCCUUUGUUCAGAAUACAUGAAAUUGGUAAAUAUGCCACAUGCCUUUGG